CUGAAACAAUCUUCAGACUGUCUUUUUAUAAUAUAAAAAGGAGGCAUAAAAAGCUGAAGAGCUGCGUACCCGAAAGCGGUUUUUUAAAAAACAUUGAGAGAAAAUACAGGAAAAAGUUAAUAAGUUGCAAUGUGCAAGUUGAAGUAGGCUGUCAAAAAGUUAAAGGGAAAGCGUGAUGACCCUGUCAGGCAACGGCAGUGCGAGCGACAUGUCAGGGCACACAGUCCUCACAGCCGAGGAUGUCGAUAUUGAUGUGGUGGGAGAAGGAGACGAGGGCAUGGGAAAGGACAGCGACUCUGAGAGCCACGCCACCCACGAUCAGGGAGAAGAGGUGGAGGAGAUCGGGGCGAGGGAAAUCGCGGAGAGCCCUUCCGCUAAAUGCCAGCCUUCUUCGGAGGGAGAAGUAACGAAAUCUGAAACUCAGGAAAGUGGUUCUUCGAGCGGCAGCACCGUCUCAAAGCCCAAGAACAGUCUGGUGAAACCACCUUAUUCGUACAUUGCUCUCAUCACCAUGUCUAUCCUGCAAAGUCCCCAGAAAAAGUUAACCCUUAGUGGGAUCUGUGAGUUCAUCAGUAACCGCUUCCCCUACUACAGGGAGAAAUUCCCCGCCUGGCAGAACUCCAUCAGGCACAACCUGUCCCUAAAUGACUGUUUUGUGAAGAUUCCCAGGGAGCCUGGUAAUCCGGGAAAAGGGAACUAUUGGACCCUAGAUCCACAAUCUGAAGAUAUGUUUGACAAUGGGAGCUUUCUUCGCCGGAGAAAAAGGUUCAAGAGGCAACCUGCAGACCAUCUGAGGGAGCAGACUGCUCUCAUGAUGCAGAGUUUUGGAGCUUAUAGCCUAAGCGGUCCUUACGGGCGUCCCUAUGCGCUGCAUCCCGCCUCUUAUCCUCAUCCCUCAACUCUCCAGUAUCCCUACAUCCCUCCUGUGGGUCCCAUGCUACCCCCAGUAGUCCCACUCAUCCCGUCCAGUGAACUCAACAGGAAAGCCUUCAAUUCGCAGCUCAGCCCCAGCCUCCAGCUCCAACUCAGCAGCCUGAGCUCCACGUCCAUCGUGAAAACGGAGCCUACCAGCAGACCUUCUUUCAGCAUCGAGAAUAUCAUCGGGGUGACUAGCACAUCAGGCAGCUCACAAACUUUCCUGCGGCCGCCAGUGACCGUCCAGUCAGCCCUCAUCAGUCCUCAGCCCUUGUCUUUAGCGAGAAGCACAGCUGCAAUUACCCCUAUCCUCAGUGUCCCCACGAACAUAAUCUCCGGACAAUUCUUACAGUCAGCAGCUUCGGCCGCCGCAGUGACCAAAUGGCCAUCUUAAUACCUCCUCCACUUCCAAAUGCUCACUCACCAUAUCCCUUUUUUUUGCUACUGUGGUAGUGGGUCGCACUGAACUUGACUGCGAAUUAUAGACUAUAAUCCUAUGUUAUAUAUAAAAAAGGAAUGCUUUCUGUACAGGUAAAUACGUUUGUAAAUAUUUGUAUAAAGGACCUAUCGGUUCAUAGUCAUUGAGUUUUAUUUUUUAAUUAGACUGUUUCACAGUUGUAGUAUAGAGCUCUGGGCUUUCACACUUAAUGUCUUUUUGAAAGGUUCAUUGCCAGUAGCUUAUUGACGAACAUGUAUAGAUAUUAAGGAAGACCGAAUUAUUCUAAAGAAUUAAUUCAACAGGAGAAAAAAUGUCAAUAUUGUAUACGACUGCAAAAGCUUAAAGCCCUUUAUAUGAAUUAAAUAUAUGUAUUCUAUGUAGCGCUACCGUCGUGUUGUACAAUGGGAAUCAAACAACUUUGUAAAUAAAUUUUACAAAUUGCAAA